GGGUUUUUGAUUCCCUCGCAGAGCUUUGCCGGUGUCAAUUUUUCCAUGAGACUUCAGCCAUGUUGGCAGUGUCCAAACCCAGCUCGCGCAGCUUGCGCAAGCGUCUGGGUCAACUUGGACGGCUGCUCUUGGCACUUUACCUCUUGCGGAAGCUUCCAACGAUCCUUCGAAGAUAUUGGCCCACCAGGCCCCUCAAGCUGAGUGGACCUCCCUUCCUACAGUGGUCGGCGGUCCAGUUGGCUCGCGCGAUCCAGAGCCGCGAGCUCACCUCGAGCCAAGUGGUGGAAGCCUACAUCCAGAGGCUUCGCGAGGUGGAUGUGCAUCUCCACUGUCUGGUCGCAGAACGUUUUGAUGCGGCCCGAGAGGAGGCCCUGGCAGCGGACCAGCGCAUUGCACAGAAACAUGACGAACGUGGAGCUUUGCCGGAGUUCUUGGGUGUUCCCAUCCUGCUGAAGGAAGCCUUCGAAUAUCCGGGCUUUCCCUACACCAACGGGCUCAUGUGCCGCAAAGGCCGCCGUGGCGCACGGCCGGGCCCCGCGGUGCGCCGCAUCGAGGCGGCGGGCUUCGUCGUGCUGGGCACCGGGAACGUCUCCGAGGCCUGUAUGUGGAUGGAGAGCUACAACCUAGUGUAUGGCCGCAGCCGGAACCCGCACGGCCUGCACCUCUCGCCCGGCGGCUCCUCCGGUGGCACGGCGGCGCUGGUGGCGGCGCUCGGGGCCCCGGUGGCGUUGACCGCGGACAUCGGCGGCUCCACGCGGAUCCCGGCGCUGCUGAAUGGCUUGUUUGGGCACAAGCCGACGGGUGGGAUUUGCCCCAAUCUGGGAACCCACCUGGAUGAGUUCCAUGGAGCUGUGUGCCGGAUCUGUCAGAUGGGCAUGGUUUGUCGACAUGCGGAAGAUCUCCUUCCCCUGCUGAAAAUCAUGGCUGGCCCUCCGGAUCCCAAAGAGGACCCGUUGGCAUAUGAGUAUCGGCCCUGUCCCGUUUGGCAUGGGAAGGACGUCGACUUGGGCUCGCUGACAGUGGGAUGCUUGUCCUUCCGUGGUGGUUGGCCGACCUCUGCAAUGGAAGUACUGAUCUCCAGCAUUGGUAAAGGGCAGAGCUUGGCAGUGGAGCGUGCCGUCGAGUGGCUGAGAGCGCAGGGCGCAACAAUCCAUCCGCUGUAUCUUGAAGAUCUGGAAGUUGGCCAAUGGUUUGAAAGCUGGUCCACCCGCGUGCAAGGUGCUGGCACCGCGCGUUUUCGGGAGGUCCUGUGUCAGUCGAAACGCACCUUCGGCCUAGCGGAGAUUCUGCGCUACUUGAUGGGUCUUUCUCCUCAUACACUGCCAGCCCUUGGGCUUGCCUUCUUGGAGGAUGCAGUGGAGAUGAUUUCGCCAUCUAUGGAGAAGCGCCUUCUCCAAGCCCAAGAGGUCGAACAGCUUUUGCGGCAGAGCUUCCAACGUUGCCAGGUGCUCAUUAUGCCUACAUUACCACGACAUGGUCUUAGACACGAUGAACCACUUCUGAGGGUGUUUGACAGCUGCUUCACAUCAAUUUGGAACGCCAUGGAAUUCCCCUCCACCGCUGUGCCCUUAGGGCUCCACGCUGGAGCGCCCGUCGGAGUGCAGAUCGUGUCGUUGCCGAACAACGACGAGCUGACCAUCUCCAUCGCGCAGAAGCUCCACGCCGCGUGCGUGGCGCGCUGCGAGACGCCUGGGGCGAACGAGCGUUAA